AACAUAUCGAACCACAAAAACGCUUCAAGUGGUGUGCAGUACUCGUUGAUCAUCGUCGGAAAUGGGCAGAAAAUUUUUCGUCGGCGGCAACUGGAAAUGCAAUGGAACCUCGGAAGAGGUGAAGAAGAUCGUGUCGACACUCAAUGCUGGUGAAGUGCCAUCUCAGGAUGUUGUGGAGGUCGUGGUGAGCCCUCCAUUCGUGUUUCUUCAACUGGUGAAAAGUUUGUUGAGGCCUGAUUUUCAUGUUGCGGCCCAAAAUUGCUGGGUAAAGAAAGGUGGUGCUUUUACUGGUGAGGUUAGUGCUGAGAUGCUCGUUAAUCUGGGCAUUCCUUGGGUCAUUCUUGGCCAUUCUGAAAGGAGGCUUAUUUUAGGGGAAUCAAAUGAGUUUGUUGGAGAUAAAGUUGCAUAUGCUCUUGCUCAAGGUUUGAAGGUAAUAGCUUGUGUUGGUGAGACUCUUGAGCAGAGAGAAUCAGGAUCGACUAUGGAUGUUGUUGCCGCACAAACUAAGGCAAUCGCAGAAAGAGUAUCAGAUUGGUCUAAUGUGGUUUUGGCCUAUGAGCCUGUUUGGGCUAUUGGAACUGGGAAGGUUGCAACUCCCGCUCAGGCUCAGGAAGUACAUUCUGAAUUAAGGAAAUGGCUUCAAGUGAACACCAGCCCUGAAGUUGCUGCUACAAUCAGGAUUAUCUAUGGAGGUUCUGUAAGUGGUGCCAACUGCAAGGAAUUGGCUGCAAAACCUGAUGUCGAUGGUUUUCUGGUUGGUGGAGCUUCUCUCAAGCCUGAAUUCAUUGACAUUAUCAAGUCUGCUGAGGUGAAGAAAAAUGCCUAGGUUUUGUACCAAUCUCGGGUAGGUGAAACUUUGAGGUUUUUGCCAGGGUAGAAUGUAAUUUCCAUUUCAUACAUAAGCUAUACCGUGGACUUAAUUUUUACACUGUACUCUUGGCCACACUUCUAAUUGGCUUUCUUGUGUGAAUAAAUCUGGCACAUUGUUCUCCAAUGUACUGCCAUCGACAUAUUUUUCUUAUUGGGAGCUUGAAAUGUGUCUUUGUAGGCAUGGAUUUUGGUUGAAUUCAUAUGACUUGUGAGAGGAAAAAUCAUUGAUGUGAGGUGUUUGUUUUUCCAAGCGCCACUUCAGUUGUUGAAUGUGUUUGAAGAGGCGAAUGCUGUGUAAUGUACGGCGUGCAGAAGGUUAUGAACUACUCUUGUUACUGAACCACUGCCAACGAAUAGCGGCUAACAAUCUGGGCUAUGUUGAGCUUGGUGGAUUGGCAAAACACAUACCACAUCAUUCAGUAGCUGGGCCUUUCUUCAUAAACUUCCCCCAAACGGAACCGCCUAUGAAUUUGAUGAAUUUUAGUGCUACUUCGGUGGAAGUAUGUAUGGCGCAAACUCAAGAAAGAGAGCACAAGUCGUUUGGCUACAUUACUUAUAGUUAACUUUCCUGUCUGGUGAU